CGAAUACCUUAAUGGAAUAAUUAAAUAGUGAAGAAUAAGUUAUUAUUGAAGAGAUUAUUCAAUCAUAACACUCAGAACACACUGAAAUACAUAUCAUUGAAUAUAUAUGUUACCCAUUCUACUUAGCCUUACUCUGUCUAUUGUGUAUCCUUAUCAACUUAAAUAAGCGUAAAUUUAGAAGAAGGUAAUAUUUGAAAUUAUAAAUCAUAGAUAUCGAGUUGAUGAAAUAUUCCUUUUUAUAGCUGUUUAUUUAUUCAAUGUUUUGAUAACAUGGAAUUUUUUUGAUUUUUUUGAUAAAAUAGUAAGAUUCAUCAUCACAUUGAUAAUAAUAUUUGGGAUUCAACAUUAUAUAGGAAGAGUUUAAAUAGUAGGAAUAACUGGAGGAAUUGGAUGUGGGAAAUCUACGAUUGCUAAAUACUUUAAUGAAUUCCUUAAAGUUUAAGUAAUUGAUUGCGAUCAAAUUGGCAGAGAUAUUGUAGAACCUGGAAAGCCAGCUUAUAAACUUAUUGUUUAGAGAUUUGGACUUUCAAUUCUAGCAGGUAACCAAGAUGGACAACCAAUAGAUAGAUAGAGAUUAGCAGACUUGGGUAACUUGUAUUGAUUAGCAUUUUCAGUAUUUCAAGAUAAUCAAAAAAGAAAAUAAUUGCAAGCAAUUACAAAUAAAUAUAUUUUUAAAGAAAUAGCUAAAUCCAUUUGGAAAAUUUGUUUCAUUUAAAAAGAUCAAUAUGUUGUUAUUGAUGCUCCAUUAUUAUUUGAGAGUAAAGUAUUAGAGUAUUUCUGUUUCCCUAUAAUUACUGUUGUUGUAACAAGCCAAGAAGAAAUAAUCAAAAGGCAAAUAUUUAUUGUUAUCUUAGAGUGAAAGAUAGAAGUGGUUUAAAUGAAGAACAAAUAUUAUAGAGAAUUGAAUCUUAAAUGAAAGCAGAGAUUAAAAUUAAAAAAUCUGAUAUUGUAAUUACAAAUGAUAAAUCUGAAAAAUCAUUAAUAAGAUAAGUGUAAGAGAAAGUGUUCGAGUAUUUAAUAUGAAUUAUAAAUAAUAAGG